UCUCCAUGGCAACUCCGCACCCGCUGAUAAACAGAAGUUGAUUGGAGUACAAGGUGAAAAGCCUGCAGCUGUUAGUUUUGGAUCUGGGACAAUGGAGCCGGUCUCUCUCGAUAAAUCAGCUUUAAAAGCAGUGGACGAUUACUGGGAGUACAGAAGGAUUGUGGGUGAUGAUGAUGGUGGAAAGCUGUUCACUCCAGAGCAAUAUGAAGAAUACAAGAAAAAAGUACUUCCUCGACGAAUGAAAAAUAGACUAUAUACAAGCUUUGGCGUGCCAGGGAGUAUUGACUGCAAACUCAUUGGUCCUGAGACACAGUGCUUCUGUGCACAUAGGUACAAGGAGCAUAAGACUGAGUGGGAAAUGAUUCCCACCGAGAGACCCAUAGCCCUGCCGUGCCAGGUCAGGAGAUGCUUCUGUACUGCCUACCAGUAUGUCCCUCGUCUUGGACCAAACCCUGUCCGCUGCAGAUGUAAACACUUACCGCAGGAUCACAGUGAAGCUGCUGGUCACUUGUGCAAAAUAUGUCGUUCCUGUUCUGGGUUCCAGAGUCCCUACACCUGUGGCUGUGGCAAGCCCAGUUCAGCCCACCAGACUCUGGUUGAGACAAAGCAAGAGAGGGUGGCACGUGGUCAGCCUGUAGGCUGGGAUGUUCCUUAUGCUGCUAUGGGAGGACUGACAGGGUUCAGCUCUCUGCUGGAUGGUUAUCUUGGUUUGCAAGCCAGUAACUCAGAUGAAGACAGAAAUGAUGACUUGGGAGGCUCAGCAUCAAAAAUAAUCCGUAAACAGAUGAGACACAAUGACAAACACAGAUCAGACCAGGCAGCGAGAGAAGAGAUGUGA